AUGGAAGAAAAAACUGAUAUGACCGUCUUCAUUGCUUUGUUAAUGAGGGUGGCUCGAGCUUUCUUCCAAACUCCACAAAUUGUAGUACUUGACUAUCUAACCAAACAUGAAACUGCAAUAAGUGACGAGAACUUGGCAAAAGGUGUUGGUCUUACUGUAAAAGAGAUCCACAAGCUUUGCGGAACGUUGAAGGAAGCGCGUCUUAUUAAGACGUUCACCAAAGCUGAACCAAAGAAGGCUGAGCAACGGGCUAUACCUAGAACAUUUUAUUACAUCGACUGGCAACAGGUCGUCAACGUAAUAAAAUGGAAAAUUUAUAGAAUCCGUGAAAUGGUGGGGGAUAGAAUGAGAAAUGAACAAGAAAAUAAAGGCUAUUUAUGCACAGGUUGCAAAAAGACAUUCGCACCGCUCGAAAUACGUAAUUUGUUUGACACAGUGCGUUCGACCCUUGUUUGCGAUUUAUGUCAUACGGAAUUGAUUCACAACGAUAAUGCUGAAAAUGUGAAAGACACUGAGAAACUUCAUGGAAGAUUCAUGGAACAAAGUCAACCUAUCAUAGAUUUGUUAAAAUUCGCUGAUAAGUUGGUGAUUCCUGUCUCUUCGAUUGAUAAGUUACAAGCCACGUCUGGUGCAAAGGGAGACCAACAAGGACCCAUGCCAGAUGUACCGUACGCUAGAAACCACAACCUACAUAUGGAGGAUAUAGUAGUUGUAUUUCAAGAUGACAAUGAAGCUUCUAAAGCAGAAAGACAAACUCAACACGCGAAGAAUAGACUACAGAAUGCACUGCCAGCAUGGCAUGUUCGCAGCACUGUAACAGGUGAAGUUAUGGCUAAUAAUACUGUAAAUACGGGCUCUGCCCAAGAAAAUGAACAAAACGAAGAAAGUGGUAGAACAAAAGAGAAAGAUAGUGAACUUGAAAGUUUCUACGCAGAAUAUUAUGCAAAUCUUAAUAAUUCUGAAACCGACGCGUCGCCAAAUGUAGAUGACGAAGAGGAAAUUGUGCCUGUAGACGAAUUUGAAGAAGUCGAUAUAGAAAAUCAAGAUGAUGAUGAUGAAUUCGAUAUGGUUGAAUUGGAUUUCAGUGGAAGAGAAAGCAAACGAUCACGAACUGACUCUUUUGAUGGGAAAAACGGGCAUAGUAAUGGAAGACGUUACUGGUAA